AUGGCUUCACUACGAAUUCCCGCUCUUCGCCGGCUCGUAGCUGCUCCCCUACGCGCGACACAAGCCGUCAACCAACGCCGAUGGGCUCAAGUUCACGACAUCCGCUUCCUCGCGACCACACAGCCACCGCAGGCCGUCCUCGAAAAGUACCGCGAGAAGCUCAACCAAAAGGCCCAGCAGGAGGGCCACGAGAGCAUUGACCAGCUCAAAGCUGCCUACGCCGAAAAGAUCGACGCCGAGCGCCGCAGGGAUGCCGUCGAGCAUCCUCCCGGAACCAUCCCCCAAGCUCCCGACACCCCGACCAUCCAGCCGAACAAGGACCUCCCGCCGGGUCAGAUCGAGCCUACAGAAGAGCGUGAGGCUCCGAGGGCGCCUCCUACGGGAGCUGACAAGCCCGCCGUCAAGACCCUCAAUGACAUCAUCGACCUCCCCAAGGCGCGAGAGCUUCCCGACAAGGAGCUCACUGCCAUUUGGCGCCUGCGACACGCCUCCAACGAGAACGCCAUAUGCGCAGUAAUCCCGUCCUCGACAUACAAGAUCAUGGAGGAGGCUGCGCAAAAUGCGCCCCAAUUCGUUCUCCCCGUGCCACACCCGACACAGGGCGCCGAGAUUCACUUCCUCCAGUGGACGUUUGACGCUGCGUCUAAGACAAGCACCGUCCUUUUCACUCAGCUCGCCGAAUACAAGACCCGGGGCGAGUUCGCGCAGCCACACACAACCAUCACGCACCACCUGGACCUUGCCGAUGACCGAGGCCUGGUCCUGAUGCAGGGCCAGGUCGUCGAGGAUCGGGGCAUCAAGCCAGAGAACGCCAGGUGGCUGGUCAUGUGCCUGCAGCGAUUCUACGGCGGCUGGGAAGGCGAGGGUGUUGAGCUGGACGGUGAGCGCAAGGAGAGGGCUCAGGAGCGAAAGAAGCUUCUGGACUGGUUUGCGGCUGGCGACUCGAGGUUCAGCGUCGAGAAGCUGAUGGAGGAAGCUGAGCGAAUGGGUUAA